AUGGAUGAGCAGCCAGUGUUCUCAUCUGCUGAGCUGCCUAUUCAUCCAAGUGAACAUGCCAUUAUAGCCAAUGCAGUGACCUAUGAUGAUGUGCACAUUGACUUCACUCAGGAUGAGUGGACCUUGCUAAAUCCUUCUCAGAAGAGUCUCUACAAAGAUGUGAUGCUGGAGACGUACAGAAACCUCACAGCUGUAGGCUAUAGUUGGGAAGAUCAUAAUUUCAAAGAACAUUGUCAAAGUGCAAGAAGACAUGGAAGACAUGAAAGAACACAUACUGGAGAGAAGCCCUUUGAAUGUAAUCAAUGCGAUAAAGCUUUUUCACGGCGCUCUGGACUCCAAAGACAUGAAAGAACACAUACUGGAGAGAAACCCUAUGAAUGUACUGAAUGUGGAAAACACAAACAGCCCCUCUUCCCCACACCAGUACAGGAUCUGGACCACACCAAGUGCCAUCUGCUAGAUUCUUCCAUUUGCCAUGAGGCAUCCCAGAAGAAACUGGCUGCCGAUGCCUGUCAGCAGAAUACAAGAUUAAGCAUCAACAUUGAAAAAAUUUAA